CAUAACCCUCUGCACCGUUUCUCCCAUGGUUUGCGAAAAUCCCCCAUAAAGGGGGGUUUGUACCAACCUGGCAACCCUCUCUGUAAUCUCAGACAGAGGGGAAACACGUGAGUCGCACUUCCGCCACAGACACACACAAUAGAAGUACGCGGAAGCACGCAGGGGUACACGCCAAAGGUUGGGACCAUAGAUGGGAGAGUACGUGUCUGGAACACAAUGGUGUAAGUCGCACUUUGAAGGCUGCUUCCUCUCCAGAUCUCAUUCAGAACAUCGGGGAUUGGACGGGAUGGUACCAAUAUGACCAGCUUUCACGUGCGGAGAUACCGGCCCGAGGAUGCCGAGGCGGUCAAGAAGGUGUUCACCACGAGCAUGGGCGAGCACGUUCCCUCCACCUUCUUGCACAUGCUCAAACAGCCCCUCACCCAGGCUGUCGCCUCAUGCGUCAUUGGCGGCCUGCUGCUCAGCUCCAGGUCACUGAUCCUGCCGCUACUGGCCUCUGCCCUGCUCGUGGCGGGGAGCCGCCAGCUCGUGGGCUACAUCUUCACACGCUACAUCCAGAUGUGCCUGAAGAAGGACUUGGGUCGUAUCCAAGAAGCCUACAUGGAGCCCGAGGAUCGCUGCUUCUGGGUGGCGGAGAGCGGGGGCUGCGUGGUGGCAACCGUGGCCUGCCUGCCCUCCUCGGUCAGGGAGGAGUGCCUGGAGCUGAAGCGCAUGGCCGUUCUCAGGAGCCACCGCGGCUUGGGCAUUGCCAAGGCCCUGUGCCGGACCGUGGCCGACUUCGCCCGCCAGAGGGGCUACCGGGCCGUCAUGUUAUACACCUCGGUGGUCCAGAGUGAAGCUCAGAGGCUAUACGAGGGAAUGGGCUACGCGAGGGUGGGUGAGGCCCUCGUCCCAGAGAUGUUGGCCAAGCUGCUGAAUUUCACGCUUAUCGAGUACAGGUACGAGCUCCCAGAGCAGAAUGACAGACGAAGCAGCUGCUCUAGGAAAUGACAUUUGUAUUAUUUAGUUGUCAUUAUCAGUCGUUCUCUGCUAUUGGCAGAAGGGGCCUCCAAAACCUUUUCUGUCUAGGCUGCACUCAAGCAGUGCAUUUCAUAAGAGAACACGCUGCCCUCCACUAUCCUGGGACACACUGGCCUGUGCUCACCUGCAUUUUACCCUAUUAUUAACGGGAGCAGCCUUGGUAUGGGUUCAUACUGCACCAAGUGCAUUUAUAGAUUUUAUUUUAAAGACAUUUUUGAGCACAGCAUAUGUGUGUUUGUACGUCGUUGUCGACAAGGACCAUCUAGUCAGACUGGGGUAGGGGCGGGGGUGCGAUGUGCGUGCGCAGAUGGCUGAUUAGACCGAUUUGCACAUGAAAUGUUCUCUGACACUGCGGACGUGUGAUUGUGCCCUUUUGUUGGGAACAAGCGUCGCGAGAUUUCCAACAGCAUAUGCACUGGUCUAGGAGAAGAUGAACCAGAUGAAUAAACGCAUAAAUAUCCAGGCCCAUAUAAUUCUGCUCAAUAUAAAAAAGCAAUGUAGUGUUUCAUCAGCUAAGAAUAACUGAGGUGCUGCAUUUUUCCCACCACUUUCUUAUGUAAUCUCUUUCAUUACCUAUUAAAUAUGUAUUUUUGUCAC